AAAUCUUUGAACAAAAACACAGCUAAAAAAAAAUUUCAGACUACGUUACCCGAGAAAGGAAACUUCAAAUUUGUAAAUUGCCAUUAAUCUAAGACUUGUUUGCCUUAUAGACUUUUCGUGCAUUGUGCGCUCACAUUUUGUACCAGACAUAACAUAACACUGUUUAUCGGGGUCGGUAGUGAUCGCUGUAGAAUAUUUUGCAACACCGUUUACUAGCUAUGUACAGUUUGAAAUUUACCGGUGCACUUUAUUAGCGUCUCCUGCACUUGUUACGAACUAAAAAUUAAGAAUAAUCGAUAAUUGCGAUCGCGAAAGGAGCCAUGGUCUUCGUCGAGCACAAGACUAAGAUCCUGGAGCUGACGAGCCAGCACGUGGAUCGCCUGCAUGAGCUAUGGUCGCAUAUGUUCGAGCCGAAGACUUGCGAGGAGUUUCUCGUCCGACUGAAGGAUCACGCCGAUAGCUUCUACACCGAUCUGUUGAACGAGUCCCGGGAGAAGCAGCAAUGUAUCCAGAAGGAGAUAUCCAGCCUGCGGGCCGAGGCCAGCACCCUAACACAUCUGCUCCACGAGCCCAUGGAUAUUGGCGAUCGUCCGGAGGACAUGCCCCUGGUGUUGUGGCAACUGAAGCUGGACGAGAGCAUCGAACACCUACGCGACGGUCUGGCCAAGCGGCGGGCGGAGAUCAGUGAUAUGCUGCAGAAACAGGAGCAUUUGUGCAAGGAGUUGGGCGAGCAGCCACUGCCCCUGCUGGACGAUCCGCUGCCCACGGUGGAGGAAAUGGGCUAUUUUCGGGAGCACCUCGAUCAGCUUCGCGAUCAGCGGGUGCGGCUAGUCGAAGAGAUGAAGGAACUGCGCCAAAGCAUCAAGCAGGACAUGAAGGUGCUGGGGUGCCUUCCGCAGUCGGAUGCCGAGGAGCGUCUCCUCAACCAGGUGAACCAUACUCUCACGCCCGACACCUUCAAGAGCCUACGUCGCAUGCAAGCGGAGUUCGCCGAGCAGGUGAAGGAGCUGCACGAACAGAUCGACGACAUGCGACAGAAGAUCCAUGUGCUGUGGGAGCGCCUCCAGGACACCGACGAAUACGCCCAACGGCGGGUGAGGGAGUCCACGGCCUACACCCAGCACACCUACGACGUGCUGCGGGAGGAGCUGCACCGGUGCCAGGCCCUCCGCCGCCAGAACCUGAAGGUCUUCAUCGAUCGCCUGCGAGUGGAGAUCAAGGCGAUGUGGGAACUGACCCUCAAGGGUCCCGCGGAAUGCAAGCGAUUCGCUAGCUUCUACAACACACACCUCACCGAAGAGGAUCUGGAGCUGCACGAGCUCGAGCUGGACAAGUUGAAGAGGCUAUACGAGGGGAACAAGAAGAUAUACGAGAUGUACAGCAACCGUGGGGAGAUGUGGGCCCGCAUGAUUGCGCUGGAGGCGAAGGCCAACGAUCCGAACAGGUUCAACAAUCGCGGCGGGCAGCUCCUCAAGGAGCAGAAGGAGCGCAAGGCCAUUACGGCCAAGCUACCGAAGAUCGAGCAGCAGAUAGCGGAGCUGGUGGAGGAGUACGUGAGUCAGGCCAAGGUGCCCUUCCUGGUGAACGGGGUCAACAUUCUGGAGCAGAUGGCCGCUGACUGGGAGAAUCUCCGCCAGCCGAAGCAGGCGCCGCCCCUCUCCGGCAAGAAAGAAGUUGGCCACAAAAUGAUGCCGCCGUCGGCGCCUCUAACGCCCAAAGCACUCAAAGGCAAGCCCGGCGUCUACGGGUCCACAUCAUCGCUAAAGAAGACGCCGUCGAAGAUGAAGUCGCCCAGCGCCGCCAAGAGCACGGGUAAUCUGCAGAAGCGGCGCCACCCAAACACCACCAACAACAACAUUGAAAACACCAACGAACCAACGGCGGCGGCAGCGAAGAGGAACCUGAUUGCCUCCCUGGAGUGCAACAACGGUGUCCUGGGGACCAAUACACAGCGAAAGCUGCUCAAGUCGCCGCAGAAGAAGGUGCGCGUGCUGGACUACUCGUUGCGCCGCGAAAAGGUCAACGGGAGACCCAGCAUCGGUAGCCGAAGCGCCCACAGAAGCCGUCCCAUCCCCCAGGUGCGCGUCCAGCCGCCGUCCAGCGAGGACAACCAGAGCGACGACAGCGAGGACGUUGUGGAUUUGUUGUCGCCAUAAACCCGUAUGAUAUAUUUAUGUUAAGGCGCACCCCGAUGCAAUAGUACCAGCUGCUGAUCUGUGUUCUACUUUACGACUAUAGGGACAAUUGAUAUUUUAAGUUUAUAUACUAGGUACCAUUUUAUGUAUUUUCAAUUAUUUAGCUAAAGCAGAAAUAUACUUUAAUUUGCAAUAUUUUA